UGCAGAGUGGCUCCAGUUUCGGUAGCAUGUACUCCUCCUAUAGGGUUGGAAGCCUUAGUCUGAAUGAGCCAAUCAGCUUGAAACUCGUCGACAUGCAUGAGCUAUUUGGUGAGGAUUACUGGACCCAGAUGCAGGCUUACAUCGAUUCUGGGCACUGCUCGGCAUCAUGGAAUAGGACGGCGGCUGCGGAGAAUGUAUUGACGGCUUUGAAGAGCUAUCGGAAUUGGAAGAAGAUACACGACAGCACGAACCCGGAUGUGACGAUUCCCCUGACCUGGCCCGAUGGCAUGUACGGACUUACCCGACCCAACGAUGGUUGUCCCAACAAGGAGUUCACCUGGAACGAGGGAUCUACAUACCAGGAUACAGAGGAUGAUAAUGGUGGCACCAACUCAUGGAGUGAUCCUAUUCACAUGACAGGGCAAGACUCCAGUGGCAUGACGCAGAACUUUUGUAUCAAAACCGUCACGAACGUUAAUGAGAAAUCGAAGUGGACCUGCAUGGCAGCCCGGAGGCUACUGCAUCUACAAGUACGGUGGCAGUUGCCCUGCAGCCUUCACCGAAGGUUGGAUUUACUGGGAUGAUGAGGAUACCAACAACCAGAACUCGAAAAGCGGGACCUUGCCGUCUGGAAGCUACGGCUACAAAGAUAACACCGAAUAUAUGUUCUGCUGUCGCAGCGAUGGUGUGACUGACCAGGCCAUCUUCCUACCCACCGAUGAUAACUUCUACCUCUUCUCACAGUUCGAGAAUUGCCAGACGGUGAACGGGAUGACUGUAUCAAAGGAAUGGUUUUAUUGGGACACUGAAGACCACAAUAACAGCGACAGGAUGUCUUCAGUACACCCUUACCAAGGCGUUUACUCUAACGGUAAAAACGUCAACCUCAACUUCUGCUACUACCAAAAAGAGUGAGGUUAUUUAGCACAUAUUUUGAUUUAACGUCUUCAAUGGAUAACGACCACUAACAGUGACAUAGGUCAAACCAUAGCUGGUAGAGUAGAGUUAUAUAUUUAUCGUACGGGAAGGUGCUAUCGUUCGUAGGUUAAACAAGAAGCUUGUGUUUUGAGAAACGUGAACAAAAUUGUGACUUUUUAAAAUUCUUUGUUAUGCUAUUAUGAAAGGGUGACAUAGAAUAAGUGUAUCCUGUAGAAGAUGUCUCUUCAAAUUUACAUCCUCAUUUUCAACAUAAUGACAAGUAAUACAGCUGAGGUUCUGGAUCACACACAUUUUGUGUGGUCCCAUACACAUUUUUGUGACUUUUAGGAAGACUAAACUGAUUCAUUAUCAUUAUGAUGACUAUUCCGGGCUACAUUAAUGAUUAACCUAGCUCAGUAGGCCUACGCUACAUGGGUCAAACCAUCGGCAGGCCUGUGUCAUCAAGGG